AUGGUCAGCUCUUCUCCCGCCCUCCCAGCUUCUGUCGAGGAAGCAUAUCGCCAGAAAUGCAUCGACCUCAAGAAGCGACUUAAAGAGUGCGAAAAUGCAAACGACCAGCUCGUUGUCCGAAACCACCGCUUGCGUCGCGGUAUCCAGCGACUGCGCCUUGAACGCUCCCUUUUGCUCCGGGAGAUCGAACGACGUAUUGACCCUCGCAUGGACGACUCUGAUGGAACUCCGUCACCACCACCUACUCCACACGAGAAGCCGUUGAGACUUAAGAGACCUCGACGAGAGGGCCCUAAUGGCCAGGACAGACCUGAUUCCCCAUUCUCUCAAGCGAACGCCGAUGGUGACGCCUUCCUUGGUCAAGGAGGUAGUGGCCAGGGUGGCCGAGCCAGGACUCCACAGGGAGCGGGACGAUUCGGCCCAGCUCGUGACCGCGAUCAAAAACCCAGAAAUGCUUACACGAUAUUCUGCGACCAUCAGCGCGAUCAUAUGAUCCAGACGGCUACUGAUCCAGAAUUCGAUAUUUCUAGGGAAUUAUCGAAGGCCUGGCAGGAGCUCACACCCGGUGCUCGUCAACCUUACUUCGAUGAAGCUGAGACGGAACGUUUGCGAUACCAACAAUUGCGAUAUGAAGCUAGGAUGGCUACUGUCGCUUACAACCGCGCUCGCGCAGCUGAAGUAGAUGCACCGAAGGCGUCUCAAGACGAGAAUGCUCCAUUGCCAAACGAGACCUUAGAAGGGGGGGUCGAGGGAGGGGACCCAAUGGCGACUGAGGAAGACUAUCCAUCAUUCAACGAUCGUGAUGAAUCCCCUCCCCGAGCUUCCGGGGGAUUCACUGCUGUCAACCAACGCCAAAGCUUUUUGUGA